AACUACCCCCCGCGGCUCCCCAAUACAUAGGCCUCCUCUCACCGACCACUCCCCUCCCCACUACUGCGAGACAGCGCAGCACAGGCUGCCGCCCGCCGCAGGGAGAAGAGAAAAGAAUCCGAGUAGGCGCAGGAGAGUCCCCUCGUCGCCGGCGUCCAUGGGCGGCGCCGCGGGCGAGGCGAUGCGGGCCGGUGUCGCGGUGGCGGCGGCGGUCUUCUUGGCUUUCGCGUUUUCCGGUGCGGCGGCGGCGCUGCCGAGGUUCGCGGAGGCGCCGGAGUACCGGAACGGGGAGGGUUGCCCAGCCGCGGCGGCUGGGGUGUGCGACCCGGGUCUGGUGCAUAUCGCCAUGACGCUGGACGCGCACUACCUGCGCGGGUCCAUGGCGGCGGUGUACUCGCUGCUCAAGCACGCGUCCUGCCCGGAGUCGAUCUUCUUCCACUUCCUGGCCGCGGAGGCCGGCGCCGCGGGCGGGGAGGGCCCGGAGCCGGAGCCGGAGCUGCUGCGGCGCGCGGUGGCCGCGUCGUUCCCGUCGCUGCGGUUCGAGAUCUACCCGUUCCGCGCCGAGGCCGUGGCGGGGCUCAUCUCGGCGUCCGUGCGCGCUGCGCUCGAGGCGCCGCUCAACUACGCCCGGAACCACCUGGCGGACCUGCUCCCGCGCUGCGUGCCACGGGCGAUAUACCUCGACUCCGACGUCCUCGCCGCCGACGACGUGAGGCGGCUCUGGGAGACGCGCCUGCCUGCCGCCGCCGUGGUGGCGGCGCCCGAGUACUGCCACGCCAACUUCUCCCGCUACUUCACGCCGGCCUUCUGGUCCGACCCGGACCUCGGCGCGCGCGUCUUCGCCGGGCGCCGCCGCCCGCCGUGCUACUUCAACACCGGCGUCAUGGUCAUCGACCUCCGCCGCUGGCGCGCCGGGAACUACCGCCAACGCAUCGAGCGGUGGAUGGAGAUCCAGAAGGAGAAGCGCAUCUACGAGCUGGGCUCCCUGCCCCCGUUCUUGCUCGUCUUCGCCGGCGAGGUGGAGGCCGUCGACCACCGCUGGAACCAGCACGGCCUCGGAGGCGACAACGUGCACGGCAGCUGCCGCCCGCUCCACGACGGGCCCGUCAGCCUCAUGCACUGGUCGGGGAAGGGCAAGCCAUGGGACCGCCUCGACGCCGGCAGGCCAUGCCCGCUCGACCACACCUGGAGGUUAUAUGACCUCUACAUCCCCAGCGACGGCAGUGGCGCUGCCUCGCCGGCGUCCGGGCCGGCAUUGUCCGCAUCCCUGUUUUCAUGGUAGAGAGAGCUUGUAGUUCCAUAGGCGCAACAGGUACUUGCUGAUUGAGCGGUUCUUGGCGAUGGCAAUGUGCCCCCAUCGCAUUGCAUUGUGUUGUCUUGCUGGAGCUGUUGCUGCCGCUGCUAUGAGCUAGCUGCCGCUCAUGGUGGGCUGUACAGGGCGGUGAAGGGAGCAGCGGUAGCGACAGCAGGGGAAGGAGAAGAGGGAUCAGUUCAUAGAGAAGGAGAGCUCUUGCUCUUUUGGGUAGAAUUCAGAUUGGUUAUUUGGGGGAUUUUGAUUCUUUUUGGUCUGGCCGGUGAUCCUUGGGGUUCCCAAUUCUCUCGAUUGGAGGGUGUACAAGUAGGAAAGACUUGGAAUUUUGUUCUAUUAUUGAUCAUUCUUUCAUUCAUA